GUUAUGCUUCUCGAAAUAAAUAGUUUAUUGAAUUUUCGUUGAUUAACGGUAAAUUCAGCUUUCUUUUGGUAUGUUUAAAUUGCCAAAAGACACUGAUAUCAGCUAAUAAAGUUCAUCUUAUAAUUUUGCUUGGCUUUAUCGAUUAUUGAACUCAACCCUGGUCUUGUGUGGAUUAUGUCCAAAUUAAGUAACUCAGUUACCACAAAGGAUUCUUCCUGUUUUAAUUAAACUCCAUCAAAUCUUUCUUUUAAAAUUUUCAUAAAAUUACUGCUCCAUGAAUCCUUGCGAUGAUUUAUCGGACUCAGUGUCUGAAGAAGAGGAGGAAGAAUUGAAUGACCAAAUCCAAAGAGAACCUGAGGAUUAUGCAAAUCGUGAUGCAGAUGACCUGAGUAAACUAAACUGUCCUCCAGUCAUUAAAGAUGCCAAUCCUGAGGACGAUGAACCAAUUCAGCACGAUGAAAAUUUGAUCAAGGAUAUUGCUCAGUUUGACAAUUAUAAAAAAGAAGUUUAUAACCAUCCUUUGUUUCCACUUUUAGCUUUGUUACUGGAGAAAUGUGAAAUUGCUGCAGCAACUUUUGGUGUUAAUGAAGAGCCAUUUGCUUCCGGUGAUGCAUUUAUUAGUGAACUGAAAGCAGUAAUACAAACCCAAACUGAAGAUGAUAAAAAGAUUUUGGGAAAAAAUCCUGAGGUUGAUUCCUUGAUGAUUAAAGCAAUCCAGGUUCUUAGGAUACAUUUACUGGAGCUGGAAAAAGUUCAAGAAUUGUGCAAAGACUUCUGUUAUAGAUACAUUACUUGUUUGCGAACCAAGAUGAAUUCAGAAAAUUUAUUGAGAGGAACCGCAAGUCUACAUGGUUCUUUUGACAACUCUUCCUGCUCAUCAUCUUCAUCUGAUGAAUGCUCCUCUGGUCCUUCAAAUUUCUCCUUUAACGAACCAAACAAUUCAGUGCCAACUGAUUUUCCUACCGCCAUAGCUCAAGAUCUCUCAAAAAAUAAUCAACAACCCCAACAAUCGAGUGCAAAUAAUUCAGACAAAUGUAAAGCAACCGAAAAUCAGCCUCAAGAUCUUGGUACAAACAAACCAUUGAACUUAACUUCACGAAUCGAUAGUGGAACUGAAGGUGAUCUCAGUGACGAAGCUUCAAAUGUUGCUCAAAAAAGAAACCAAAAAAGAGGAAUUCUUCCCAAACAAGCGACUUCAGUUAUGCGAUCCUGGCUCUUCCAACAUAUUGUACAUCCAUAUCCAACGGAAGAUGAAAAAAGGGCAAUAGCAGCACAAACAAACUUAACACUUCUACAAGUUAAUAAUUGGUUUAUCAACGCGAGAAGACGAAUUUUGCAGCCAAUGCUCGACUCAGCCAACAUAAACAAUAGUAACGUGAAUGACAAUGAUGUAACCAUAUAUCAGGCGACUUCCAAUGAAACAAAUGCAUUGAAAAAGUUAAAGACUAGUAAUGGUAAUAAAAAUAAUACCAUUUUACAAAAAUCUUUACCCAACUCCGUUAACAACUCUAUUAAAGUUGCGAGUUCAACUAAAGAAACCAAGAAAAAAUGUUCGAGUUGAAAGACGACCUACUUAAAAACCACCAAAUUAUGUAUUCUCUUUCCAUACUUCAAUUAUUAUGAUACUCAUUCAAUGAUCAUUAAGAUUUUUUUGUUUCGACUCAUCAAGAAAACAAAUUAACUUCCAUCUUUACCAGAUCUACAUAGUCAUUGCAGUUAAAUAAGGUUCACUGUUUUCUUCUCAUUACUCCAGCUUCAUUUGGAUGCAUUUUAACUUUAUUAUCUAAAUAUAAAUUGUAAAAUAAAUAAGCCAAAGAUGAGAUUAUUAUCAUCAAACCAUUCCAUUGAUUAAAUUAAAAUUUGAUUUAAAAUUG